GACGAAGUAAAGUGAGAACUCCGUUUGAUCGGUGCUGACAGCUCCCUCUCUCCGAGCAGGAACCAGCCCCCGCUCCUCUCUGUUGUUUUUCAGUAGACUGAAGGAAUGAUACUCGGUUAGCUCCUCAGACAUUGACAACUGGAUUACAUAGUUAACGUUAUUAGGAAAACGUUUCAUUUUUUUGGUUAAAUAAUGAAUUUAUUACCGUCUAAUCCUCACGGGAACGGGCUGUUAUAUGCCGGAUUUAACCAGGAUCAUGGAUGCUUUGCCUGUGGGAUGGAGAAUGGAUUCCGUGUGUACAACACAGAUCCUCUUAAGGAGAAGGAGAAACAAGAGUUCCUGGAGGGCGGGGUAGGCCAUGUGGAGAUGCUGUUCCGGUGUAACUAUUUAGCACUUGUGGGAGGAGGAAAGAAACCCAAAUACCCAACCAACAAAGUCAUGAUCUGGGAUGAUCUGAAGAAGAAAACCGUUAUUGAGAUUGAGUUCUCCACGGAAGUCAAAGCGGUGAAGCUUCGACGUGACAGGAUUGUGGUGGUCCUGGACUCAAUGAUUAAAGUCUUCACCUUCACCCACAACCCCCACCAGCUGCACGUGUUUGAGACCUGCUACAACCCCAAAGGUCUUUGUGUGCUGUGUCCAAACAGCAACAACUCUCUGUUGGCAUUCCCAGGGACUCACUCAGGCCACGUGCAGAUUGUCGACCUAGCUAACACAGAGAAGCCUCCAGUUGAUAUUCCGGCCCAUGAGGGGGCGCUGUGCUGCAUUGCUUUAAAUCUGCAGGGAACAAGGAUAGCUACUGCCUCAGAGAAAGGGACUCUUAUCAGAAUUUUCGACACGUCAGCGGGUCAGCUCAUACAGGAGCUAAGACGAGGAUCUCAGACAGCAAACAUUUACUGCAUUAAUUUCAACCAGGAUGCGUCCCUCAUCUGUGUGUCCAGUGAUCACGGCACGGUGCACAUCUUUGCUGCAGAGGAUCCAAAACGGAACAAACAGUCAAGUUUGGCCUCAGCCAGCUUUCUUCCCAAAUACUUUAGCUCUAAGUGGAGCUUCUCCAAGUUCCAGGUACCCUCUGGGUCUCCCUGUGUGUGUGCCUUUGGGACGGAGCCCAACGCAGUCAUAGCCAUAUGUGCUGACGGCAGCUACUACAAGUUCCUGUUCAACCAGAAGGGGGAGUGCUCCAGAGAUGUGUACGCCCAGUUCCUGGAGAUGACGGACGAGAAGAUAUGACCCUUCACCCCGCUGCAGACUCACUAUCACACAGCCUGUUUCUUCUGUUUUUUUAUUUCUGAGGAGGAGAGAGAUCCCACGAUGCACUUCUCCAUUUUCUUACGGACUCUUCAGAGAGCAGCAGACGAUGGGAGGACAAAGAGAGAGAAGCACAGACUUCUGGGAACCCUCACAGCAAAGACGAACAAAGGGGGUCGCAGGCGUUGGUCUCCCGUUGACUGAGGGGCUGAGGCACACAGACGCCAACACAACUUCAAACCAAACAGCAGAAAAAGAGGGAAAGUUAUUUUUGUGAAUGAACACUCUGCUUUUCCAGAGGUCUUCCCAGGAAUUUACAAAGAAUGGAUAUUUUUAAUCACAGAGAUGAUUCUGAUAGUUAGAGUGAAAAUACAGAGAUUUUUGUCCACUUACACCGCCUAACCUAACGAUAGGGAGUGCCUCGAGACUGGAGAGUCUGUAUGUGGUUGUCAUAGAAACACAUGUGUUUGUGUAUAUAGCAUCUACCACGUCAGCAGGAUCACUUUGAGCUUCACUGAACAGACUGAUCAUGCUAGUUUAAACUUUAGUAUUAUCACCUGUCAUUUCCACAGGGUCCUUCUCUUAGUGUCCAUCCAUGCAGCGGCUGCACACUCAGGAGCCAAUGGCUGCCUUACUCACUGUUGUUAUUUAUCAACACUUUUGAUCCCAAAGCAGCGCUCUGACUUUAUUUAGUUCUUCAGAUUCCAGUGCUUCAUGUGAAUGAGAAUGGUCUGGGAUGACUUCAUCCAGACUGGAAUGGUAGUGCUGAAGCAAGGCGUGCUGGGUAGAAUUAAACCGACAUGGUCUGCUGUAUUCUUCUAGUAAACUAAAGCUCCAUCCAGCCUCCUCGGAGUGAUGGGAGUUACACUUCUCAGAGAUCCGCCGUGGGUUGCACCUGCUUUAGGCCCAUUCAAACAUAGCCUAGUUUGAAUGAACAAACCAGAGUUUACGCUCUAAUAUUGAAGAAUUUUCCCUGGGUGAGACACAGACUAAAAUGUUUUUUUAAACAUCUAUCAAACUAAAAACAAAUCAGCCCACUCCAACAGACAUGCUACUGUAAGGUUCCCUCUUUACUCCUGCAUGAUCGUGCUGUUCAGCGGCCCUGGUCAGAGCCAAACUGUGGCGUGGAUGGACCGCUGCAAACACAGACUGUGUGGAAAUGUGUAGGUUAAAGUUGUAAAAACAUAAACAUGCAGACUGAACUCUAACUCCACAGAACUGUACAGAACAGGAGCAGGAAACAUAUGUAAAGUGUAUUUUUGUUUCUCACGCCCCUUUUUUUUUCAUUUGUGCAAUAUGUUCAACUGUUUUUGUUGAAGAUUGUGACAUCUGAUGUUUCUCCCCCACAGAGAGCUGAAAGACUUUUGAUUAAAAAUGUUUUUAUCUCCCUUCCUGAUGAGUCAGACGAGAAGAUGGAAACUGUGUGAAGCUUUACCAGAAUCUAAAACUUCAGUACGCUCUAAUAUUCAUCAAAUCCUGCUGAGUUUCAGGGAGGACUGGGAGUUUCACCAUCAUUAUACCAGAAUGAUCAACUUUGAUAUGAUUCUAGUAAAACUGUAAUGAAACCGUUUGACACCAAAUAUUAGACUGUUGAAUGGUGAUCCAACUCCUCCACACUGUCUAAAUCUGGGUUUCUCAACCUUUUCAGCUCGCCCCCUAAAAUAAAGGUGCCAGAGGCCGGGGACCCCCACUGUACCUGAAGGUGAUUCAACACAGCUAUGAAAAACCAAGAAUAGUCAUGUGGAGACAAGGCUGUCCAUUAGGGGGGAUAAUUGGAGAGCUUUCUGGAGCCCAGGAAAAUCAUGAUCCAUGGUUAAGCUGUGGUGUUUUAUAUUUAACCUGAGUAAUACCCACUCUUAUCAAAGAAACAAAUCUUAAUUCAUUUGUGUAGUAAGAAGCCCGCUUAACAAUGUAAAUCCUUUAGUUAAAAAGAGAAUAAAAAUACAUUAAAAAUAGCUAAAAUGGGUAAUGGCAAAAAAAUGGUGGGAAAUUGGAUUUUAGAAGUAGCAGAAAUGGGUUAGAAAUGCCAAAAAUUAGAUAAAA